AUGGACUUCCUAGCGGCCUAUCUGUCUUUCAGUAAAGAGCAGCGCGCACUCAUGGGGGACAGCUUCCAGCAGCUCGUCGUCUCAUGCCAGUUCAGUGGAACGUCCUGUCUCAGCGAGAGCCAGUACUUCGCUCGGAGCGUUCACUCAGGGUAUGGGAAUUGUUAUACUUUCACCACGAACAGGAAGACCGUCUUACCGGGAAAGGAAUAUGGACUGUCGCUGCAGCUGUCACUAUCCCGUGAGCAGCAACUGCGUGCCACACUCAGCCCUGAGGUGGGAGCACGCCUGCUCAUUCACAGCCCACAGCUCGCGCCAAUGCCCGACGAGGCUGGCCUCAACGUGCCGCCUGGCGUAGCCACCAGUGUCGCAUUGCAGCAGGUUGAGAUCAUCCGCAAGGCGCUGCCGUAUACGACAAAUUGUUCUUCCACUUGGGAGAGAACUUGGUAUGCAUCAUAUGUUGGAGAAACAUACAAUUACUCACUUGAGCGUUGUCGAAGAAUUUGCUUGCAGAUUGCAUUUGAAGAAAAAUGCCAAUGCACACACCCCAAUUACAUGGAUCUUGACAGAGGCAAGCCACCAUGUAAUCUGACAUCUGAUAGUAGUGACUCCCAGUGUGCCUUCACCGUCCUUGAGGAAUUUGAGCAUAGGUUACGGGCCUGCAGUUGUAAUGUCGAUUGCAGGGAGGUAACCUAUCAGACAAGUAUUUCAACUGCCAUUUGGCCAACUGACAGCACAUGGUGUACAGUUGCUAAACGGUUCACCCUUGUGGAUAACUGUGAAAAUGUCACCGAAGGAAACCAUGGUGCUAAAUUUCAUCCAGAAAAGCAAAUAAUAAAAGAUAAUGCAUUAAAAAUUGAUGUAUAUUUUGAAAACCUCCGUGUUCAGCAAACAGUUCAGACAGCUGCUUAUGAGCCACAAGCAUUUGUUGCCUCUCUUGGAGGAGCUCUGAGUCUUUAUCUGGGAAUAUCACUGCUAAUGCUAGUUGAAGUUGUAGAAUUAAUUAUUAGAGUCAUCUCAGACCUUUACAAUCACUUCAGAAAGCAGACUCAGAUGCACCCGAAAACCAAAGGUCAUAAUCUGAACAAUGCAUUUGCUCAUACAGAGUCUGCCAGAAAUGAUAAUGCUAGUAUUGGCAAUGUUUUAGGGAAGAAAAUGUCCUCUGCGAGUCUUCCACUAUGA